AUGGCAAUAAAGCUUCCAUCUUCGGCAUAUCCUACUCGAUUCCUCAGAUGGGUUUAUUUCUCUUCAAGCUGUAUUGCAGAUAUUUCAGAAACCCCUGAGAUUGUUAAACUCAAGGAUUCAUCUGAAUUUGAUCAAAAUCUCAACUUUUUGAGAAAUAAGCUUGCCCCUGACAACUUAAUCCGGGUCUUGGACCGUACAAAUGAUUUGAACUCAGCGGUUAGGAUAUUCAAAUGGGCUUCAAGGCAAAAGAGUUUUCACCACACUUCGAACACAUAUUAUAGGAUAAUUUUGAAACUGGGCAUGGCCGGGAAAAUUGUGGAAAUGAGGGAUUUUUGUGAAAACAUGGCCAAGGAUAGGUGCCCUGGUACUGAAGAAGCCCUUGUGACCUUGGUUCACACAUUUGUGGAGCAUUGUAGGAUUGAAGAAGCUAUUACAGUCUUAGUGAACAUGAAUUUGGGUGGGUAUAGACUGCCCAUUGAAGCUUUUAAUGCUUUAUUGGGUGCUCUUGUGGGAGGAAAGGGUAGAGAAUUUCAAAAGGCGUUGUUUGUUUAUAAAGAGAUGGUGAAGGCAUGUGUGUUACCCACAGUUGACACUUUGAAUUGUUUGAUGGAGGCAUUGUCUGCCACCAAUCAGAUUGACUUAGCUUUGGAUCAAUUUAGGAGAAUGAAAAAUAAAGGGUGCAAUCCAAAUAGUAAGACUUUCGAGAUUCUUGUGAAGGGUCUCAUUGAAAAUGGUCGAGUGGAUGAAGCUGCUAUUAUUUUAGAACAAAUGUUCAAAGUUCAAUGUCAACCAGAUUUGAGUUUUCAUACCUGCAUAAUACCUCUGUUUUGCAGAGAAAAUAAAAUAGAGGAGGCUGUGAAGUUGUUUAAAAUGGUGAAAGAUUCUGAUUUGGAGUCAGAUUCUUUCAUUUAUGAGGUUCUAGUAAGGUGUUUUUGCAACAACUUGCAGUUGGAUUCUGCUGUUGCCCUCAUAAAUGAGAUGAUAGACAGUGGUAUGCCACCAAAACAUUAUGUUCUUGUUGAUAUAAUGAAUUGUUUUUGUGAAUUAGGGAAAAUUAAGGAGGCUAUAGUGUUUUUAGAAAAUAGACAAGUUCAUGAAACUGCUCCCUUCAAUAUAUUGCUUGAAGGUUGCUGUAAUGCUGGUGAAAUUCUGGCAGCAAAUGUUCUGCUGGAGAGAAUAUCUGAGAGACACAUUGCAGAUUGUCAAUCUUGGAACAUUCUCAUUAGAUGGUUUUGUGAGAAUGAAGACAUCAAGAAGGCAUAUACACUUCUUGGCAGGAUGAUAAAGUCAUUUGUUAUUCUUGACUGUGCAACGUAUUCUGCUCUUGUAGUUGGCAACUGUAGAUUGGGCAAGUAUGAAGAAGCAAUGAAACUCUUUCAUCAAAUUUGCGCCAGAUGCUGGAUUUUAGAUUUUGCCUCGUAUUCUGAACUAGUUGGUGGUCUCUGUGACAUCAAACAGUCUGAAGAUGCCAUGGAAGUGUUUCACUAUAUGUCAAUGAAGAGAUGCUCUCUUCACUCCUUGGCCUUCUACAAAUUGAUAAAAUGUGUAUGUAACUCUGGACAGAUCAAAGAAGCCAUAAGACUUUGGCAAUUAGCUUAUUUUUGUGCUAUUUCUUGCUGUAUUGCCACACACACUGCUAUCAUGCAGGAGUUGUUAAGAUCAAGGAGGGCAGAAGAUAUCAAUGUAUGGCUUACUGAUAGCCGGCUGUUGAAAGAGGGUAGGGAACACGAGGCCCGUCGAUUACUAGACUCAAUGUUAGAAAAAGGUUGGGUUCCUGAUGCAACCACUCAUAAUCUAUUGAUUGGAUCUGAUGUUAGAGAAGCAAUGAGUCAAGCAAUGUUGUUUGAUGAUUCUGCCUCACUAGAUUCUGUUAGCAAUAUUCUUGCAGAAGGCCUUGGGGAUACAUGA